AAACCCUGGUCUAAAAUCUUACACAAGCAGCCGGAGAGAUAUUUUUUUCUAGUCUGCGGAGGAGGGCAGAGGAGUAAUGGUGCAGGGGGGAAGGGUUUGUGGAGUUGGUUUCCUUUUUUUUCUUUUUGCAACACUAGUUAUUCAGGGGAGUGUCUUGCAUUAUUAAUGCUGAGUGGCUCCGGCAACUACUGCGGUUCAAGGUCGUUACUCAUCCGCUGCUACUGCAGGAGACACCGGAGCGCUGAGCCAGAGCUGUUCAUCCAACUCUAUUGGUCCUCCCAGGCCAGCAGGAUGAAGGGCCCUAGGCAAACAUUCCUUAAUUUAUUCUGCAUCCUCUGCCUCUUGCUUCUGCUGAAGGCUGCCUCUUCCUCCCCUCUACACCAUGAAAAUGAACUACCACCCCCUUCACUUCCCAUUGGGCUGUACAAAGGACAGACCUGCGUUGGAUGCGUGCUUGUGGUGUCUGUAAUUGAACAACUUGCACAAUGGCACAACAGCACAGUAAAGGCAGCCGUGGAGAGACUGUGCAACUACAUACCUGAAAAACUGCAAGGUUUCUGUUACUUCCUUGCUGAACUUUAUGGAUCACACAUAGCUGAACUCAUAGCCAGGGAAAUGAAUGCUGAUGUGGUUUGCCAUUCCUUGAAGCUGUGUAAACAGGAUCCAGGACAACCGCUUUGUCAUCUCUAUCCUCCUCCAAAGGUAGGACUGAGAACCGCAAUAAAAAAGGCAAGAAGAAUUAUGAAGACUUCGAAGGACCUGAAAAGCUUCAUGGGGUUCUCAAGUAUUUGUACAUUUCCUCUUCUGGCUAACCUGUGUGAGAAGAUGAAAUAUGUUAUAAGAAAUAAACUGCCUUUUGAAGAUUUUGAUGGAGAUAAAUUUAGUACUUUUCCAACAUUGAGGGGCUAUCACUGGAGAGGCAGAGACUGCAAUGACAAAAACAUCACCGUGUACCCUGGCAGACGUCCUGAUAACUGGGAUGUGAAAAGUGACUCUAACUGCAAUGGCAUAUGGGGUGUGGAUCCAAAAGAUGGAAUUCCCUAUGAGGAGAAAUUUUGCAAAGGUGCAGACUCACAAGGGGUCGUGCUGUUGGGAGACUCGGCCGGCGCUCACUUCCACAUCCCUCCCGAGUGGAUGACUGUCACGCAGAUGUCAGCGAAAUCAUUUGCUAAUCUUCCAAUGGCUUUCAGUGACGAGCUUGAUUGGCCCCAGUUCUCAGAGAUCACUGGAUUUCUGAAUUCCACCAUCGGAGGCUGGACAGACUCUCUGUAUCUACGUUUACGCAAGAGAAAUCGCUGUAAUCACAGAGACUUACAAAACAUUUCCCAAAAUGGUGGUUCUUCUGGAAACCUCCUCUAUUUAAUAAAAAGCUUGGCCAGAAACCAGCUGUUGGACAAUCCAGCCAUAGUUAUCUAUGCUACAAUUGGGAAUGAUGUCUGCAAUGGGAACCGUGACACACUAGCCCACAUGACUACACCCAAAGAAAUGCUCUCCAACGUGAUGCAAGCUCUGCGAUACCUGGACUCCCGUCUUCCAAAUGGCAGCCAUAUGAUUUUAACAGGCUUGGUAGAUGGUCGCUUCCUCUGGGAUAACCUGCAUGACAGAUACCAUCCUCUAGGGCAGCUGAACAGGGAUGUCACAUACAGUCAAAUUUAUUCUUUCCUUGACUGCCUCCAGGUGAGCCCCUGCAGCGGCUGGCUGACCCCCAAUGAGACCCUCAGGAAUUUGACCUCAGAGAGAGCGUUACAACUUUCCAACGUCCUGAAAGAAAUAGCGAGAUCUGAGAAAUUUGCCAACUUCGAUAUUUUCUACAUGGAUUUCCCACUGAGACAAACGGCUGAGGAGUGGCGCAAGAUGGGAGGUGAGCCCUGGCAGCUGAUUGAACCAGUCGAUGGCUUCCACCCCAGCCAGAUUGCUGCAGCCCUUGGAACAAGCAUUACCUGGCAGAAGGCACUACAGGAAUGGCCUGAAGUGCUUGGAAAGGAGAAUCCAUUCAAUGACCAGAUUGAAGCUAUAUUCAAAGAUCAAGGUGGACACUGACUUCCAAACUGCCAGAGCCAUAACGUGAUUUAUGGUGAUGCUUCCCAGUGCAUUCCACGAGUCAAGAUGAUUAAAGACACACACAAAAAAGAGGGGAGGGGAAGUUAUCAGAGCCAGUAGCAGUGGACAUAGCACAACAGCAUUCUUUUCAGUUUGUAUCUCACCUGCACAAGUAGGCUAUGCUUUUUCUGCGGAGCUACAAAAAUAAAAAUCAAAGGAUACCUGCUAGCUAGACCAUUUAUUGUACCAAUUUGCAAAUCCAUAAUUUUUUUUAUAUAGAUAGCAAACUUCUAGCCCUACCUCAUUUUUCCCCCCUGCAGAACAUUAUUACUUGGCUUUCCAUUUGUACUGUUUCAAUGGUUAAUCUGAUCCAAAAGGAGUGGGGGAAACCUCAAACUCAUUAUGUUACUAUAAAUUGCGUGUAUGUAAUUGCUCUGACUGUCAAUACAUUAUUUAGCUGCUAUUUGCUUAUUAAAACGUGCCAGGAAUAACAAGGCACUACAAUUUUUAUUUGCCUGGCAGCAUUAGCACAGGCUGACUGAGUACAGGUUCUCUUCCCCCCAUUAAUAAGAUACUAACUUGACAACGCUUCAUGUAUUGAAAACAGGUUGCUUUUUCAACCUGUAAUACAUCUUUGCUCUUUAUCUUCCUAUAACAAAUAAUAUGCCCAGUCCUAUGUCUUUUACAGGCAUGACCCAGGAACCACUGAAAAUACUGGGCAGCCCUUAGCUGCUGUACUUCAUAGAUAGACUUGAAUGUUGAGAAUUACUGUAUUUUUUCACCAGCUUAUCCAUGCUCUUAACAAAAUAAAUAAAUAUUUAAAAAUUAGAGACAGCUCUACCCUAUUCACAACCUUACUGAUGAUGGAGGGAUCAGACAGCAUAAAAUGGCAUUAAUUACAGGCAGAAAAAAUCUGGUAAACAGAAAGCUUUAACAUGACAUGACUAAACCCCACCCUAUUUGGCCAAAGCUCAGGUAGUCCUGCUCUGCUCUUUGUUCUGAGCAUAUCCCCUAUACAAGGCUGUCUCACCCAUAAGGUAGCUCUUAGGUUGUGGUCCAAAUCAAAGGAGAUGCCUGGCUGUAGGAGAAGUACCCGCUCAGCAUUUUGAAUAGGCAGAGGAUGAUUGGCUUAUAUUAUUUUGAUUGAAGCAUGUAUUAUUGCUUUGCUAGAUCCUAUUCCUUUUUUUAGAGCACAGUCAAUGCCACGUCUUUUAUUAAGAUAGCAGUAAUCCCAAAGGAAUUUUUAACACUUAA